AUGUAUCGAGGUAUCCAAUUUGCCAUCAUCAUCAUCAUUCCUCUCACGGUCGACAAUCCCACAUGGGACGACAAUUUGGCCGCUCUGUGCGAAUACCGGGACCGCCAUGGCACGGUCAACAUUCCCGAUCGAUCGUCGCACUAUCCACAAUUGGGACGAUUCGUCUAUAAUUUGCGACGUCAAAAAUCAUUAUUGACACAAAUUCAAAAACAACAAUUGGACGAAUUGGGAUUUCUAUGGGAAUCGUCCCUCGAUGCCAAACGACAGCAACAAUGGGAGGACAUGUUUGACCGAUUGGUAGCAUUUCAACAAGAACAUGGACAUUGUGUGGUACCACAACAGUACGAGAAGGAUCCGCCCUUGGGAAUUUGGGUCAUGAAUCAACGAUCUCGAUGGAAACUGUCGGAAUUAGAAACAUCCUCCUCAUCACAAGCUGCACUCACAGAAGACCAACGAGAACGAUUGGCCGCCAUUGGAUUUGUGGUACGACUACGACCGGGAGGAGCCCGCAAACAAACCAAAUUCGAACAACGAUGGAAUCUUCGCUUUCAAGAAUUAUUGGCGUAUCAAGAAGAGCACGGCGAUUGCAAUGUGCCACUCACCUUUGUCAAGAAUAAAAAAUUGGCCAAUUGGGUCCAUACGCAACGCCAAUACCACAAAAAGGGACAAUUGCGAUGGGAUCGAUACCAAGCCCUUUGCGAUAUCGGAUUUACUUGGGAUUUUGCCGAAAUACAUGACGAAUCCUGGCAUCGACGCUACAAGCAAGUCAAGACGUAUUACGAACAAUUGCAGCAAUACAAAUUGCAACAGUCCGAUACUAGUAAACUGCCGACAUUGAGCGACCGCGCCAAAGUAUGGAAAGACAAUCAACGGCGUGCCCAUGCCAGUGGAUAUCUAGAUCCCGAUCGAAAGGCACUUUUAGAUGAAAUUGAAGGAUUUGAAUGGAGGCAAGAGUAG